CGACCGAAAUUUUUUAGUUUGUGAGCAAAUAACGAAAUUGCAUCAUCAUGUUCAUGCUUUGUUAUAAAGUAACCUUAUCGUUACUUCUUUUAACCGUGAAAUUCUCAGAAAUAAAAGCGUUGCCUGAUGUUGAGAAGGAAAUACAAAUAUCCUGCGUGUCGAAUGAAAAUGCUACUGAAUUUAGCAUAUUUCAUCUCAAAUAUGACCCAAUAAUGGCUAAACAUGGUUAUACAUUUUUUGAGGGAGAAAUUGAAAAACUCAAGGAGAUGAUUGGUCAUCGAGAAAAAAUAAUAUUUUUCUUUUUGGGUCAUGAAGAUUUUUUACACAAGAUCUCUGGUAAAAGCUUUCUCAUAGCAAAAGAGCAAGCUUCAAAGACGGGCGCAACCGCCUGUACCAUCAGCUAUGAUUUCCUCGGAGAUGUAAACGAGCUUUUAAAGUUUUCGCAAUACUUUUGGUCGCUUGAUAAGCGUAUUCCAAGAGUUGUUGAAAUGGCGUCAUCUUUCAUCCAAAACAUUGUUGAUUCAAAACAUUUCAAAAUAACGUUGUCUUCAGUAUAUUUGACCGGAUUCUGUUUGGGUGGACAUGUAGCCGGUAUGGUUGGUAAUAAAUUACGCGAAAUUUACAAGGGUCAUAUGGUAUCAGCAGUCUGGGCAUUUGAUCCACCCGCAGUUGGAUUUCCUCAUUCAGAAAUAUCGGGAAAACCGAGGAGAGUACAAAAAGGCGAUGCAAAAUUUGUAGGAGUGUUUCACACAUCAACAAUUGGAUUUAAUGAUACUGUCGCUGAUGUUGAUAUAAUAGUAAAUGGAGCAGAAUUACAACCUGGUUGCCAAUUUGAACGGAUAAAGACAGCAUGUAGCCACUUUUCUGGAUUUAUUCUGCGGGAAUUAAUUGUAAUGGAAAGCGAACAACUUGAUAAUGGUAAACUAAUAGUUCAUGGAGCGAAUAAAUCUGAUCAAUUUACCGUUGAUUUGACAAACCCACCUCAUGAUAAAAAAGGCGUUUAUCACGUUCAAACUGGCAUGAUAUUCGAAACGAAAACGGAAGGCUUCUUACGACGAAUGUCUAACUCUUUUUUAAAAACCAAAUAACACAGAUAUUGUCUUCUGUUUCACUAUAUAAAAAUGAAGUGAACUAUGCAAACAUGUUUAUAUAAUGUGUGUUUGAUGAAAAUAAAAAUAAAAUUAUAAAAAAAAAGAGUUCAGAAUUA